AUGCCUGGUCGACCCCGAAUGAUCGUUCUUCUAGCCUUUAAUACGGCCAAACCGGACGAAAAGGCGGACCGUCUCUCUUCCGUACGGCGUCUCUUCGGCCCUUCUUGGCAGCUAAGGAAUAUGGCCAGGCAGGCCAACCCCCGUUUCCCGUGGCCGUCGCCACUGAUCGCGAGAUAAGGACACAACGCAUCACAAUUUGUUGCGUCCUUUGUCUCUUUAAAGUAGCAUAACCGGUAUUUUUUUAAUUUUAAAAAAGGUAUUGGUUUGAUUGUGGCUAGGUUAAAGAUUUACCAAAGUUAUGUGCUUAUAAUUUUAAAAACCUAAUUUCAGGUCCAACUGAAUGAGCUUCCGUUAAAACCACAACAUCCUCAACUUCGUUGGAACCAAACUGCUUCGAAUUGUAUGGACGAGGUAAUGGAGAUUGUAAAAGAAGUACUGGGAGAGUACAGAGAUCGAUUGGAGUUUGUGGAUGUGGAAAGUUUUAUGGAAGAACCGAAGAGCAAUUGCUUUCACGAAAACAUAUUCUAUUCAGCUCAUCAGACUGUGGUGAGUGGAAUGUACAUUAUAUUAUAUAAUGUAACUUUUUGAUGUUGUGUUAGAUUAUGAACUGACAUUUUUUGGUUUUUAGUAAAAUACGUUGUUAAUAACUUGAAGUUUCAAAGUAUAAUGAGUAAUAUGUCAAAGUAAAAUUUAAAGAAGUGGCUUUAUAUUGUACUAAGUGUUAAUUUCAGGCCAAACAAGAUCAACGUGGCGGCUUCAUCAUGAGCUUUGAAAACUUGAAUUCGGAUUCGUCGUCAAUAAACUCAGACUCCAAAAGCCAAACAUAA